GUAGUCUAAUCAGAAUGCAUCAGUUGAUUUACCGGCGACAUGGAGGCAGUUCGAAACGACGCUCCAAGCCGCCGGAGCCCUAUCACCGGUCGUCAACCCUCUUCCGGUGCCGGACCAUCCCCGAUUCUUCGUGAUAAUGUAGAUAUAUCAAGGCGAGCUUCCUCAAGCUUAUCAGCAUCCAUGCAUUAUUCAUUGAGAAUCUCCCACCCGUCUCAGACACACACGCAGCCAAGAUGGCCGUCGAUACACUCCCCACACCCAUCCAGCCUAAGAGCGUGAAGUUCGCCAUUGAUCGAGGUGGCACCUUCACGGAUGUCUUUGCUGCUGUGCCAGGUCGGGAUGACAUAGUGCUCAAGCUAUUGUCCGUUGACCCUGGCAGUUACGAUGAUGCGCCAGCAGAAGGCAUUCGCCGAGUACUUGAGAUUGUCUCUGGAAAACCAGUUCCACGAGGUUCUCCUAUACCCAAGGACUUAAUUCAUUCAAUUCGAAUGGGAACAACGGUUGCUACAAACGCACUGUUGGAAAGGAAAGGAACAAGACAUGCAUUUGUGGUCAACCAAGGGUUUGGCGACUUAUUAGAGAUCGGCUACCAGUCGAGGCCAAAGCUAUUUGACCUCGAUAUUAGGAAGCCGGAGCUACUCUACGACAAAGUGGUCGAAGUCUCCGAGCGCAUCACCGUCGAAGAAUUCGACGAAGACAUCACAAAAGACAAUCGUCCACCUCUCCAGGAAAUCCCAGGUGUCCUUGUGAAAGGCAUCACCGGUGAAAUCCUACGCAUUAUCCGUCCUCUAGACGAGACGGAAGUACGGGAAAAGCUAUCCCAGCUUAAAGCAGACGGCAUCGAUACGCUUGCGAUAUGUCUAGCGCAUUCGUACAUCUAUCCCUUCCACGAGCAGAGGAUCGCGGAGAUCGCGAAGGAAAUGGGAUUCACUCACGUCUCGACAUCUUCUUCCGUUGGCGCGAACAUGAUCAAGAUGAUCUCGCGAGGCAGUUCUGCUUCUGCCGACGCGUACCUCACCCCAGAAAUCACCCGCUACGUAUCGGGUUUCGCAAAGGUCUUCGCCGACGGCAACCUGGAUGGUGUAUCGUGUGAAUUCAUGCAAUCCGAUGGCGGACUCGUUAGCCAUAAGAACUUCAAUGGUCUAAGAGGCAUUCUUAGUGGCCCUGCUGGAGGUGUUGUUGGCCACGCUAGGACUUCUUACGACGGAAAUUCUCCUAUUGUCGGUUUCGAUAUGGGUGGUACAAGUACAGACGUCUCGCGAUACGGAGGAACCUUCGACCAUGUAUUUGAAACGACAACGGCGGGCGUUUCUAUACAGUCCCCGCAGCUGGAUAUUAAUACGGUAGCUGCUGGUGGUGGCUCCAUGCUUUUCUUCAGGGACGGACUAUUCGUAGUCGGACCUGACAGUGCCGGAGCUCACCCUGGACCUGCUUCAUAUAGGAAAGGAGGACCGUUGACAGUCACCGACGCAAACCUGUUUCUUGGGCGAUUAAUACCGGAUUAUUUCCCCAAAAUCUUCGGUCCCAGUGAAGAUCUUCCACUCGACACCGAUAUCGUAGUACAGAAGUUCGAGGAGCUUACGGCACGGAUAAACGCGGAGACUGGGCGCUCUAUGACUCCCCUUGAGGUUGCCCACGGCUUCAUUGACGUGGCUAAUGAGUCCAUGAGCCGUCCCAUCCGCGCACUUACCGAGGCGCGCGGCUUUGAAACGGGACAACAUAACCUCGCAACUUUCGGCGGUGCUGGUGGACAGCACGCGUGUGAGAUCGGGAAGAAACUGGGUAUUAAGAGGAUAGUUAUCCAUAAGUACUCCAGUAUUCUCUCGGCUUACGGCAUGGCUCUGGCGGAGGUUGUACAAGAAGCCCAGGAACCGAGCUCUGAGAUCCUAUCCGAGGAAUCUCUCUUUCGAUUGAUGGCUCGGAUGCAGGAGCUCAAAGCGAAAGCCACUGAGAGUCUUAUUUCACAGGGAAUUCGAGAGGAAUUCAUCGAACAUGAACAGUAUCUAAAUCUUAGAUACCAAGGAACUGAUACUAACUUCAUGCUCCUUGCCCCGGUUGACGGUAAUUGGAGAUCGGCACUUGAGAAGGAACAUCUGAGAGAGUUGUCCUUCGUCUUCCCUAGCGAUAAGAAGGUUCAUGUCGACAAUGUGAGAGUUCGUGGGGUUGGAAGGAGCACAGAGGUUAGCCAUGAUAACUCGAAGCUCGUGAAGGAACUCAAGUCUCACGCCGGCUUGGAGGUUCAGGGUGGAGAGGAUAAAAUCACGAAAGCAUACUUCGCAGCAGGCGGCCUGCAACCGACUAAAGUCUUCCGACUUAAUAAGCUCGCCCCAGGUAGCGUCGUAUCCGGUCCAGCGAUAAUCAUCGACAACACCCAGACGAUAGUAAUCGUGCCGAAAUCACAAGCGCGGAUUCUAAGUUCUCACGUUGUUAUUGAUCUGGUCGAUGAGAAACCCGAGCAGUCUGGAGACGAGCAUGAGCUUAUAGUGGAUCCGAUCAAAUUGAGCAUUUUCGGUCAUCGAUUCAUGAGCAUCGCAGAACAGAUGGGUAGGACUCUGCAGAAGACAAGUAUUUCCAUCAACAUCAAGGAACGUCUGGACUUCUCUUGCGCCAUCUUCGGCCCAGAUGGCGACCUAGUGGCGAAUGCACCGCACGUUCCUGUUCAUCUUGGCUCAAUGUCGUAUGCUGUCAAGUAUCAACACACCCUCCACCAAGGAAAAUUACGCCCUGGAGAUGUAUUAGUUUCGAAUGCUCCCACAUGUGGAGGCACUCACUUGCCAGAUAUUACUGUCAUCACCCCUGUAUUUGAUACAGAUGGCGAAACGAUUUGCUUUUACACAGCCUCAAGAGGCCACCAUUUGGAUAUUGGUGGUUAUCGUGGUAACUCUAUGCCGCCUGACUCAACCGAACUAUGGCAAGAAGGAGCUUACAUCGAAUCCUUCUUCCUAGUCCGCGACAACCAUUUCGACGAGGAGGGUAUCGUCAAGAUUCUCCUUGAACCUGGGAAAUAUCCCGACUGCAGCGGCUCGAGACGACUAAAUGACAAUUUAUCCGAUCUGAAGGCUCAAAUUGCAGCAAACACCAAAGGCAGCAAUCUCAUUAGAGCUCUGAUGGAAGAAUAUUCCAGAAGCACAGUUCAUUUCUACAUGAAGAAGAUCCAAGAGAACGCUGAAGUUUCCGUUCGUGGGUAUCUGAAAUCGGCUUACAAGAAGUACGGAUCAAAACCGCUCAAGGCAAAGCAAUUCCUGGACAACGGCUCUAUGAUGACCGUCUCAAUUACCAUAGACGAAAGCGGCUUCGGCACAUUCGAUUUCACCGGGACGUCAUGCGAAAUGCUGUCAAACAUGAACGCCCCCCCAGCCAUCACAUACUCAGCACUAAUAUACACCCUACGCCUCCUAAUCGGGUCCGACAUCCCCCUAAACCAAGGCUGCCUAGCCCCCACAAAAGUCAUCCUCCCCAAGAACUGCUUCCUGAACCCGUCCUCCGGCCCCGCCGUCUGCUGCGGCAACACCCUGACCUCGCAACGUCUCGUCGACCUCUUCCUCAACGCCUUCGAAGCCUCCGCCGGAUCGCAAGGGUGCAUGAACUGCUUCGGCUUCUUCGGGAACUGCAAAGACGACUCCGGCGAGCCCCAAAGCGGCUUCGGCUUCGGCUACGGCGAGACCAUCUGCGGCGGCAGCGGCGCGGGCCCCACCUGGCACGGCGCCAGCGCGGUCCAGAUCCACAUGACGAACACCAGAACAACCGAUAUCGAGAUCAUAGAAAAGCGGUACCCGGUCCUCGUCAACGAGUUCUCGAUCCGCAAGGGCAGCGGCGGGCGCGGCAAGUUCAAUGGCGGAUGUGGGAUUGUAAGGGAUUGGCUGUGCCGAUACCCGCUUACCUACGGCCUCAUCACCGAGCGCAGGGUCCACCAGCCCUACGGCAUGAUGGGCGGUGAGCCCGGCGAGUGUGGUGCGAAUUACUGGGUUCAGAGGCAGGAGGAUGGGAGUGAGCGCUGGGUUAAUAUCGGGUCGCGUGGUCAGAUUAAUAUGAAGGAGGGCGAUCGGUGUGUUAUUCAUACCCCUGGUGGUGGUGGUUGGGGGGUUCCGGAUGAGGAUGAGGGUGGGGUGAAGACGAAUGGGGUGAAUGGGGUGAAUGGGAAUAAGGUCGCGUAUCCAAGGGCUACGGGCAGUUUGCAUGCUUAUGCGGCUGCUCAGGAGGCGUCUUCUUGAGCUUGUGGUAGUGGCAUUUUUUCUAUGGCAUGAGCAUUUUUUCUUCGUUGCAUUUGAAUGGGUAUCAUCGUAUUGGGUUGUAAAUGCAUAUUUAUUCGUAUUUAUACGUGCAAAUGAGUCGAAUUUGUAACUUGAUUUAUACUCGGUCCAGUCGAGUUUGAAAAUUCUCAUUCAGCUGUCUG